UUUAUUUUACUUUUGAGGACUAAAUUCUCUCAAAAUUUCUCUCUAUCACCCCUUCUUGGAGUCAAAGAGAUUCUUCUCCUUCUCCUUCUUCUUCUUCCUCAGCUCAACGAUAAGACAGAGAGGCAAAGAAUUUUCAAAAGGAAGAUCUCCGGUGGUCUGAGCAAGCCGGAGUCAACAAUUUCAACUGCUGUUUCUUGAAUUUUCUCCGAUUUGGAUCUGUCUUCGACUUGGAAAGAGUGGUAAUGGCUAGCUCCAAAGGAUCACAGAGUGUUAAAAACUUGAUGUACCCAGGAAAGCAUGCUUUGCUCCCACCAAAGAUCCCAUUUCCUAAUGUAUCAGCAUCAUAUACUGAGUAUAUUCCUAGUGGUUUGAUUGGUUCAAGGCAUGGUCAGAAGCUUGGUGAUGAGAAAACCCACCACCAGAGGACUUCUUCUGAGAGCCAGUUGGUAGAAGAGCUUCCCUUUUGGCUUGAUGAUCUUCUCAAUGAGCCGGAAAGCCCUGCUCGCAAAUGUGGUCAUCGGCGUUCAUCAAGUGAUUCUUACGCAUAUCUAGACGUGGCUAAUGCUACAAACAUUAGUUUGACACUCCAAAAUGAUUUCAGUUAUAGGAAUACGGUUUCCUCCACUCAAAGAGGGAUGCAGGAUGCCGCCUUCUACUCUGAUGCUAACUUUCAGAAACAGAAGAGUCGACAACGGGAUUCUUUGGUGGCUUCUGGAGCUCGUCCUUCUUGGCUACCUUUCACUCGAGAGAAUCCUGGCGGGAAAAAUAUGGGAUCAUCAUAUAUGUCUCAAGAAGCAACAGUACUAUCAGAAAGAAAGAAUUACGCUGAACCUCUUUCUCAUGACCCGAAAAUGUUCUCUUCUGAGGAAAACAACUCCAAUCCUCCGCCUGUGACUUAUGAAGCUGACAACUCAAAACGAGCCAAACAGCAAUUUGCACAACGAUCACGGGUACGUAAGCUCCAGUACAUAUCUGAGCUAGAAAGGAAUGUACAAACAUUGCAGGCAGAAGGCUCCAAAGUUUCAGCUGAACUUGAUUUUCUCAACCAGCGGAAUCUUAUUCUGAGUAUGGAAAAUAAAGCUCUUAAGCAGCGACUCGAAAGUAUAGCUCAGGAGAAGCUUAUCAAACAAUUGGAACAGGAAGUGUUGGAAAAGGAGAUUGGAAGACUACGAGCGCUGUAUCAGCUACAACAACAAACUCAAAAACCAUCAGCCAGUCGCGGGCGUGCUACUAGCAAAGAUCUCGAGUCUCAGUUCUCCAGUCUUUCCUUAAACACCAAGGAUUCCAACUGUAGGCGUGACUCUGUAUCUGUGAUGGGUCAAUUCCACUUUUAGUCCACUGGUUCAUUAGAUCUUGAAGGACUUGGUAUUCAAACAAUACCAUGCCUUAAUCUACUGCCUCAAAACCGCAGACGUUUUUAACUCCCCCCGGUUCGUUGUUUUAUUUGCUUUCUUAUGGUUGACAAGUUAACUCACCAGUGCACCUGGAAACCUUAUAUUACUUCCAGCAGAUGGCUUGCCUGAGGUGGUUUUAGUUCGAAGAUCAGACACCUGGACUUCAUUUAUCUGGGUGAUUGUUGUAGCAACUUUGUGAUAUGGGACAAAAAAAUAAAAACACUCAUCUCUGGAGUUGUACUAUGAUGAUCUAUCUCCACUGUUUGUUUGUUUGUAUUUUAUGUUACUGGUAAAAAUGGUGCAUCCCCUUCGAGUGAAUGCUUCAUGUAAAGUUGAUGACAUUUUCUGUAAUUUCCCCCAAGUGUCAAAGAUAUUUUGAUUGCUUCACA